AUGGCUGAAAGCUAGCAAGGAAAAUUCAGGACCAUGAUGGCUCAGUUUCCCACCACAAUGAAUGGAGGGCCAAAUAUGUGGGCUAUUACCUCUGAAGAACGGACUAAGCAUGACAAGCAAUUUGAUAACCUCAAACCCUCUGGAGGUUACAUAACUGGUGAUCAAGCACGUACCUUUUUCUUACAGUCAGGACUGCCAGCUCCUAUCUUAGCUGAAAUAUGGGCUUUAUCAGACCUGAACAAGGAUGGGAAGAUGGAUCAGCAGGAGUUCUCCAUAGCUAUGAAACUCAUCAAACUAAAGCUUCAAGGCCAACAGCUGCCCAUGGUUCUUCCUCCCAUUAUGAAGCAGCCUCCUAUGUUCUCUCCGUUAAUUUCUGCUCGUUUUGGAAUGGGAAGCAUGCCCAACCUGUCCAUUCCUCAGUCGCUGCCUCCCGUUGCACCUAUAACAACGCCCUUGUCGUCUGCGACUUCAGGGACCACCCUCCCUCCCCUGAUGAUGCCUGCUCCCCUAGUGCCUUCUGUAAGCACAUCUUCUUUACCAAAUGGAACAGCAAGUCUCAUUCAGCCUUUAUCCAUUCCUUAUUCUUCUUCAACAUUGCCUCAUGCGUCAUCUUACAGUCUGAUGAUGGGAGGAUUUGGUGGUGCUAGUAUACAGAAAGCCCAGUCUCUGAUUGAUCUAGGAUCUAGUAGCUCAACUUCCUCAACUGCUUCACUCUCAGGGAACUCGCCCAAGACUGGGACCUCAGAGUGGGCAGUUCCUCAGCCUUCAAGAUUAAAAUAUCGGCAAAAAUUUAAUAGUCUUGACAAAAGCAUGAGUGGAUACCUCUCAGGUUUUCAAGCUAGAAAUGCCCUUCUUCAGUCAAAUCUGUCUCAAACCCAACUAGCUACUAUUUGGACCCUGGCAGACAUAGAUGGGGAUGGACAACUAAGAGCUGAAGAGUUUAUCCUUGCGAUGCACCUCACUGAUAUGGCCAAGGCUGGACAGCCACUGCCACUGACCUUACCUCCCGAGCUGGUCCCUCCAUCCUUCAGAGGAGGAAAGCAAAUUGAUUCUAUUAAUGGAACUCUGUCUUCAUAUCAGAAAAUACAAGAAGAGGAACCUCAGAAAAAAUUACCAGUCACCUUCGAGGACAAGCGCAAAGCCAACUAUGAGCGAGGGAACAUGGAACUGGAGAAGCGCCGCCAAGCCCUGAUGGAGCAGCAGCAGAGGGAGGCGGAGCGGAAGGCCCAGAAAGAAAAGGAAGAGUGGGAACGGAAGCAGCGAGAAUUACAAGAGCAAGAAUGGAAGAAACAACUCGAAUUAGAAAAACGCUUGGAGAAGCAGAGAGAAUUGGAAAGACAACGGGAAGAAGAAAGGAGAAAAGAGAUAGAAAGACGAGAGGCAGCAAAACAGGAACUUGAACGGCAGCGCCGGUUAGAAUGGGAGAGGAUUCGUCGGCAGGAGCUUCUCAAUCAAAGGAAUAGAGAACAGGAAGAAAUUGUGAGGUUAAAAUCUAAAAAGAAGAGUCUUCAUCUCGAGUUGGAAGUAUUGAAUGGAAAACACCAACAAGUCUCAGGCCGACUACAAGACGUGCGGCUCAGAAAGCAAACUCAAAAGACUGAGCUGGAAGUUUUGGAUAAGCAGUGUGACCUGGAAAUUAUGGAAAUCAAGCAACUCCAACAAGAACUUCAGGAAUAUCAAAAUAAGCUUAUCUAUUUGGUACCUGAGAAGCAAUUAUUAAAUGAAAGAAUUAAAAACAUGCAGCUUGGUAAUACACCAGAUUUGGGGAUCGGUUUACUUCAUAAAAAAUCUGUAGAAAAAGAAGAAUUAUGCCAAAGACUUAAAGAACAGUUAGAUGCUCUUGAAAAAGAAACUGCAGCUAAGCUCUCUGAAAUGGAUUCAUUUAACAAUCAACUGAAGGAACUGAGAGAAAGCUACCAUACACAGCAGUUAGCCCUUGAACAACUUCAUAAGAUCAAGCGUGACAAGUUGAAGGAAGUUGAAAGAAAAAGAUCAGAACUUAUACAAAAAAAGAAACUAGAAGAUGAGGCUGCCAGGAAAGCAAAGCAAGAAAAAGAAAACUUAUGGAGAGAGAGUCUUAGAAAAGAGGAAGAAGAAAAACAAAAGCGACUCCAAGAUGAAAAAACACAAGAAAAAGUUCAAGCAGAGGAGCGGAAAGCUGAGGAGAAACAAUGCGAGCUUCCCAGAGCUUUGGUGAAUUACAAAGCAUUAUAUUGCUUCGAAGCAAGGAACCAUGAUGAGAUGAGUUUUAAUGCUGGGGAUAUAAUACAGGUUGAUGAAAAAACCGUAGGGGAACCUGGUUGGCUUUAUGGUAGUUUUCAAGGAAAUUUUGGCUGGUUUCCAUGUAACUAUGUAGAAAAAAUAUCAUCAAGUGAAAAAGCUGUGUCUCCUAAGAAAGCCUUACUUCCUCCUACAGUAUCUUUACCUGCUACCUCAACUCCUUCUGAAUCACUUUCCUCAGAUCAACCAGCAUCAGUGACUGAUUAUCAAAAUGUAUCUUUUUCAAACCUAACUGUUAAUACAUCAUGGCAGAAAAAAUCAGCUUUUACUCGCACUGUGUCGCCUGGAUCAGUAUCACCUAUUCACGGACAGGGACAGGUUGUUGAAAACCUAAAAGCUCAGGCCCUUUGUUCCUGGACUGCAAAGAAAGAUAACCACUUGAACUUCUCAAAGCAUGAUAUUAUUACUGUCUUGGAGCAGCAAGAAAAUUGGUGGUUUGGCGAGGUGCAUGGAGGAAGAGGAUGGUUUCCAAAAUCUUAUGUCAAAAUCAUACCUGGGAGUGAAGUGAAGCGGGAAGAACCAGAAAGUUUGUAUGCAGCUAUAAAUAAGAAGCCUACCUCCACAGCCUAUGCAGUUGGAGAAGAGUAUAUUGCACUUUAUCCAUAUUCAAGUGUAGAACCUGGAGAUUUAACAUUCACUGAGGGUGAAGAGAUACUGGUGACCCAGAAAGAUGGAGAAUGGUGGACUGGAAGCAUUGGAGAUAGAACAGGGAUUUUUCCAUCAAAUUAUGUGAAACCAAAAGAUCAAGAGAGUUUUGGGAGUGCAAACAAAUCGGGAACAUCAAACAAAAAACCUGAGAUUGCUCAAGUAACUUCAGCAUAUGUGGCUUCUGGUUCUGAACAACUUAGCCUUGCACCAGGGCAGUUAAUACUAAUUCUAAAGAAAAAUACAAGUGGGUGGUGGCAAGGGGAGUUACAGGCCAGAGGGAAAAAACGACAGAAAGGAUGGUUUCCUGCCAGCCAUGUUAAACUUUUGGGUCCAAGUAGUGAAAGAACUACACCUGCCUUUCAUCCUGUGUGUCAGGUGAUCGCUAUGUAUGACUAUGCAGCAAAUAAUGAGGAUGAGCUAAAUUUCUCCAAGGGACAACUUAUUAAUGUUUUGAACAAAGAUGACCCUGACUGGUGGCAAGGAGAAAUCAACGGGGUGACUGGUCUCUUUCCUUCAAACUACGUCAAGAUGACGACAGACUCAGAUCCAAGUCAGCAAUGACCCAAUGUUGUCUUCAGUGUGAAAGCACCUCAGAGACCCACUAUCCAAGUUUGACUCUAGCGUGGAGGCAGGGCAGGCAGCCCUGAUCAAAUAUCUCCUACACAAAUCAUUAACUUCGUUUGAAUGUUAGAGCCACUUGUGAUUAUUUCUUUGUGUUUCUAAUUUACAGUUAAAAUUUAUCUGUAACAAGUUAAAGGAUAGUGGGUCUUUGUGUGGCUUUCCCUGCUAUUCACUCUGACAUCCUUUAGCAUUUUUCUCCUUUUUUAAUUUGUUAAUUGUAGGUCAUUAGCAUGCAUUUUGAGUUUGCCCUUACGUGGUGGGAGUUCAAACACACAAAGACCCACUAUUUGCACAAGCUGUUGUCGCUGAUUUGAAAUGGGCUGCCAUGCUUAACUAAUGUUACUGCAACAUGUGUCUUCAUACAGAAUUCAGAUAAAACUCGCUUAUGUUUUGCUAUUAUGUUUGAUCUAAUCCUAAUCACAGUGAGCUCUUAAAUGGUUCAAUAUAUGAUUUGCUCCCAAAUAUGCAUUGUUUAUUACUUUCUAACAUGCCACUAUGAGUAAAAAAUUUGUUUUAAGACCAAGAACUGGAAAUAACCUUUUCUCUGUUUUCUGUGUAUUUCUGGGUGGAAGCCAUGACAUUGAGGGGAGCUUUUCUUAUCUCAAGACAAGAGGCACGUGUCCUGCCUCAGCAGCACAUGCAGAGUAGUUGUGUCUGCCGUGCUUCAGCUGCCCAGGCAUGCACAUUGCUGUGGCUGCUCCUUUAGGGUCUUUAUGUGCUCUGGGCUAUGAAGAUAUUGCAUCCUGUCCAGCAGAGUCAAUUGUCACUUUUUAUUGAUGACCUAAAAAUGGAUUAUUUUUGAGGAAUGAAAGACUCCCAUCACUGACCGAGAUAGAAAACCUUCCCCAGCUUAGAUGUCACUUACAUCUAUAAUACACUUUAAAGUCAAAAUUUGUGUUACCUAUUUUAAUCAAGUGACUAUAUCUCCCAUGUCACAAAAGGACUCUGGUUGGCGUUCUUCUUAAUUAAUGUAUUUAAUAAGGAAUCCUGGAAGAGGUUAAAUGCCCCUGAAGCAGGCAUACAGGCACUGUCUUGUCAAAAAUUCAAGUGAAGGAAACAUGUUCCUUUAUGUCCAUUGAAGCCGCUUUGAGACUGGGAGGUUGACUUUACCCUCCCAGAGUUUUCUGGCUCCUGUCUGUUCUUCAACCACGUUGGCUACUUUGGCGUGGGAGUUUACUACUUUUCCUUGAAUGGAAAACACUUUGAAGAUAAUAAACGUUAUCAUAAACUAAUAAAUGCAGGAGUACUUAGCUGAAACAAAAAGGAGUUCUAGUAGACAGUAUUAAACUAUAUUUGAAAAUCAGUAACAAGAUUAUGCAAUUUAAAAUGUUUACAAACUGCAGUGCAACCUACUGUUUAUGAAUGUCACAGUACAUCAGGAAAAGUGUACAUACAAUCACCGAGUCUUAUUUCCUCAGAGUUCUUUAGGAUGAGAAAAUGUGCUUUUUUAUAUUUGAGUUUAGGAGCAUAUUUUGUGCAAUAUUUAUGUUCAUGUGCCUAUACAUUGUGAAUGAAUGAUUUCAGUCCUGCAUUGCCUAAGUCAUGACUUUAUGGUACUUGAGAGAGAUCAGCAGCUUAGUUGGAACUUCACAAAGUGCAAAUGUCAGUGUUCCAGCACGCUGCCCAUUGUUUAGCUGUGUGGUGAUCAGCACAUGUGCUCCCUGGGGCAGGGAUUUCUAGUUAUCAGUCACCUCAGUUUUUAGCAUUCGGCAUCAUCAUGAUACUUUUAUAAAAUACAACAUUAAUAGGAAAGCAAUAAUAUCACUUCACAGGUAGAAUAACAGACUUGCCUGUAGCCACCAUAGGAGAUACUGGAUUGCGUCCUGGUGAAUUCAAUUGAUCUUCCAAAUUGUGUAGAUUACUCAGUCUUGCCUUUAUUUUCUGAGCAUUCUGCUUUUGUACCCUUUGGUUGAGUUCAGAUUAAGAACAAUUACUUUCCAUCUGUUUUAAACCCAAAGGUUAGAAAUCUGACUACUGCAAAUUAGCCAUGUGACUUAGUAUAACAUUUUGUCUUCACAAUUUUGAAUUUGGGCUUCUCUGAUACACUGAUACAUUCUUUCAGAAGUAUUUUUAUAGCUCAAAUCACUUCACCAAUACAGAUUAUUCAGAAUGACAUUCAGGUAGAGCUUAGCAUCUGUAAUCAGUUUGAAAAUAGUAUUCCUUAGGUAUGUGAACUAAAUCACAUAAAUCAAUAUUUAAGCUGAAUGUCAGCCUGGAAAAUAAAUUUACUAUAUUUACUGAAAUACCUCUCUUUGUAUAGGUAUUUUGAUAUAUAUUGAGAGAAAGCUACAAGUAAAGGAAAUUGUAUGGCAUAUAAUAAUAACCCAAGUCCUUCUUAAAAGCGCAUGUGUUCCUUUGCAAUACCUCAUUUUCCACCAUGUGUUUAUUCUCUUCAGUAUAAGGGGCAGCUUUCAGUUUGCUUAGAAAGGAACAUUAGAUGGAGUUUUUCAGAAAUACAGGAUAUUAAAAUAGGGGCACAAAUAAAUAAAUCUGAACCCCUGAAUAAAUAUGAACCCUGUAGGAAGUAAAGAAUCAAAAUACCUGUUUAUUUAAAAAUUGCAAUAUAUAAUCAUUUUUAAAAUAUGUGAUUAAACCAAUGGGUUUUCCAACAAUGAAAAAAAAACAGUUCUAAAACCAAAACUGAUUUAAAAAAAAUUUAAUCAACCCUAACCUUGCAUAGUUUCAUCUGAAACAUAAAGAAUCAUUUAAAUAUAAUACAGCUAUUAAAAUGAUGCAAUUGCUAUUUUAUUAGCAAUCCAUAGAAAUGAUCCCUGAAAGUGUAGUCUUGUAACUGGUAUUUUAAUGUCUUAAAAUACAGUAGGAAUACUGAUAGCUUAAGAUUAAAAAAAAGUGGAGGAAGGAAAGGUAGAGAAAGAAAUGCCAAUUUCACUCCAGAGCUUUAUUUGCCAAGUUUUCUUAGAAUGAAUUUUACCACGAUAUAAAUUCCUGUAAAUAGAAUCUCUAAUGGAAAACACUUAGAGACUUUUGCCUAAAGUGGCAUUAUUGGAUGCUGCUGUGAUGCUACUGUAAUGUAAUAAAUUAUUAAAUUGUUGCAAAGUGCUGGUUUUUGCCUUAAAUUUUUAUUUUGUGUGUCUUGAAAAUUAUAGUAUUAAAGGUGUUGGAUUGUGCAAAUGCUGGGCACGCUUGGCAUGAGGUGAUCUGUUUUUAUUUUUACAAAACUGUAAUAUAACUAUGCAAGUGUGUUUAUUAAAAGGACACAAACUACAUUACUUGUAUUGUGUA